AAAAGAGGCCGACAAAUACGCCGCGCGGCUACUUCAAAACCGCGCAGUCUAUUGAGACACACGUGCGAGCCGCCGACCAGCCAAUAGGAAUCGGGGAAUUCCUACCUCGGUGAAAAUUCAAAUCUCCUAACAUCUCAUUGCUUUUGUGCGCUCUGGAUGAUUCGCGUUUAGAUUACAUUGUUUCUUCAGAUCUCGUGUUUUUACGGAACGAACGACGCGAGGAAACUCUAUGCGUUUGAAACUUUGUGGUUUUUCUCAGUUUUUACAAGUUAUGAAAAUUUUCGAUAUUGUAUCGUGUUUGAAUUGUGUGGCACUUCCGUAAAUUUUUGGUGUGUACCAGUCUUAAGGGACUCGAUAAAAUGCCUGCUCUUCAGAAUAAUACAUCCUUGGGCUCCUCUUUCAGCAGCUGCGGCAAUUCACCUAUUUCUGCCAGUGAUAUUCUACAGAGGCAUUCCAUAAAUUCUCUGCUAGAUCAGCAUGAUAUUUUGUCUUCUCCUGACAAUGAAGGUGAGACUAUGUCCAUCUCCGAACUACUGGGAUUGAAUUCUCCUCGUGGUUUGCUCAAUUUUGGAAAUUCGCCGACAGGACUUUGUACGCCAUCACCCGUGAACUCCAACUUCCAGUUCAACUUCGACGAUGUGAAACUGCAGUCGACUCCAGUUAACUACGCUUCUAUUGCUUCCAAUGGAAAACCAUUCGCAGGAAAAUUGAAUUUGAGAAAUAAUAAUAAUUAUUUCAGUGCUCGUGCUUUACGAAGCACAUCCUUGAGCGAUUCCUGCGGCAGCAGUAGCCCAAUUGUUGGCGACCAGUCCUUGUUGAGUAAUAAUAGUCGUUCAGAUUCCCCUGAGUCAGAUACUAGCGCUGUAUCAAGCCCAGAUGGAAGCCUUUCAGAUAUAUUGAACUCCUUGACGUUGAAUGAUUCACUGGCCAGAAAUAUUUUCAAUGGUAAUAAUAACAACAGUUCUCCAGGUGAUCUGGACCUAUCGAGCAUUCAAAAUCUACAAGCCAUUCAAGCUUUGAAGUAUUUGCAGCAACCUCCGUCUCUUCUUGGAUCAUUACUACCUACCGCCUGUUCGCAUAAGCAAAUACUUGAUAAGUGGAAUGACAAUCAAUCUUCUUUGAUCAACUUGUUACCUGAUAAUCUUCAUUUGGAUAGAGCAGCUCGUUUCCACAGAUCUGCAGCAUCUCUCUAUGAUGCUACCUGCACUUGGAGUGGAGUGUUACCGCCUCGUACCAGUAAACCUUCUGGUUACUCUAGUAAGGUUUUCCUGGGAGGUGUACCUUGGGAUAUAUCUGAACAGUUGCUUAUUCAAACGUUUAAACAGUUUGGCCCCAUCCGAGUAGAAUGGCCGGGAAAGGAAAAACAAGCCAGUCAACCCAAAGGCUAUGUCUAUAUAAUAUUCGAGUCUGAGAAAAAUGUUCGAGCACUCUUGCAGGCUUGUACCAAUGACCAUGCCAACAGUGGCAAUUGGUACUUCAAGAUUAGUUCGAAAAGGAUGAAGGCCAAGGAAGUUCAGGUGAUCCCAUGGAUUUUGAACGACUCAAAUUACACCAAGUCCACAUCGCAGAAGCUGGAUCCUUCGAAGACAGUUUUUGUUGGCGCCCUUCAUGGCAUGCUGAACGCUGAAGGUUUGGCGAAAAUAAUGAAUGAUUUGUUCGAUGGAGUCGUAUAUGCAGGCAUCGAUACUGACAAAUAUAAGUAUCCUAUAGGAUCUGGACGAAUUACUUUUAAUAAUAAUCGGUCUUACAUGAAGGCCGUGGCCGCUGCUUUUAUUGAGAUAAAGACUGCUAAAUUUACCAAAAAGGUACAAGUCGACCCUUACUUGGAAGACUCGCUCUGCUCCUUCUGCGGGGUACAACAGGGUCCCUACUUCUGCCGAGACGUUCUCUGUUUCCGGUAUUUCUGCCGAACCUGCUGGCAAUGGCAGCACAAUAAUGCUGAGCUGCGUCACCACAAACCAUUGACGCGUAAUUCCAAGAACAGCACGGUCCUCGGCUUGAACAGCGGCUCUGUUAACUAAGAGCAAGUAUUUACAGAAAUACGUUAAUUUAAAAAUGUAUUUUGACGCCAAGUAACUCGGACGCGUUUCUCUAAGUUACAGGGCGCACAGUUUUAUUCGUUACCCUUACAUAAGCGUACAAGUCAGUUGUUUAUAAAAAAAAAAUUGAUAAAUAUUAUUAAUGUUAUAUUGAUCCGGUUUUGCACUGGUAAAAUAUCGAAAAAAAAAUGUUAUAAUAUUGAUUGUUAUAUUUCUUUUUUCUUCCGGUAAAAUUUUGGGUGAAUGGAAUCUUUGGGGAGUUUGUUCGAUCUCGUAUUAAUCGUUCGAAUUAAGGUUGAUUUUACUUAAUCAAAUUUUUGGGAAAUGGAAUUUAAUCUUAAUGAGCGAUUUAAUACGAUUUCUUUCGAUGAAAUUUUUGUGUAUUUUUGUUAAAAUUUUUCAUAAUUAUUUCCAAUAUUUGAAUCGAAUUUUCUGCCUUCUGAAGAGUAUGUUAAACCAUCUGCUUGUGAAUGUGUAUUUUGAAAUUACAAUGUAAGAUUUGUCCGAUGAUCUUCUUUGGGUGAAGGCCAGAAGAAAUGAAUGUUUGAUCCAUUUUAUUAAAUAAAAUUGUGGAAUGAUAAAUUGAAUAUUUUGUCUACUUCAUGUAGUAGAUGUUGAUGAUGUAACUUUGCAAAAUUUAUUUUUAUAUAUUAAAAAUGUCCUUUAUACUUUUCAGAAGGUAUUGUUGUGUCUGAAAACUAUAUUUCAUUCAUCAAAAUUUUUUCAGUAAUUCUGAUUAUUGGUCUUUGACGAGUUUAUAUUUAUCUCUCAUGUGAUAAACAAAUAGUUGCAUGAAAUGAUAUUACUUUAUAGAUAUUGAUGUUUUUCAAUAUUUUUCACAGUUGUUUCUGUUGUUCAUAAAGAAUGUUGAAAUCGAAUUAGAAUACUUUUAGGGUUUCAGAACUCUACUGAAUCGCUUAAAUUUUUGACUAUUAAGCCCAAAAUCUUCAAUUUUUUUAUAAUUAAUACUUAACUACAAAAGUCAAAACGAAAUAAAAUUAACGUUUUAUGGUUAUUAUUUCAAAAACGUUCUCGAAAACGUAAUGCAGCAAUUAUUCCUAGCACUGUCUGCUUGAAUUUGGACACAAGUUCUAAAAAAUUUUACUGCUACAAUAUUUCGAUUACUCGUUUUUUAGUCUUAUAAGUUAAUUUAUAUUAAAAUUUGGAUAAGUGUAGAAAUAUUUAACAUAAUAAUAAUUAAUAUAUUAGUUUUUAAGUGUUGAUAUUUAAAAUUUUUAAAACUUAAAUGUUCUAAAUUAACUUCGAAAAUUGGGCGGUUGGGGGUUAUUGAAAUUUUAUGUAUUUUAGUGUUAGUGUGCAAUUUUUCUCUGGUAAAUUGCUGAUAUUCGAAGAUAACGUGGCUACGAUCUGGAUACGAUUUAUGGUGUUUAUAUUUCUUUCCGAUUUUUGCGUUCUCUGAGAACAAUUCAUUGUCAUUCAAAAAUAAUGUUGGUUUUUUAAACUUAAAAUUAAAAAUAUUCUGCAUAAUA